CAUCUUUGGCUUCCGCCAGACCUGGGUCGUUUGGCAUGACCAGGCGAUAAAACGUCCAAGUAUAGCCAUUCGUCAGCACUCCUCGAGAGCGCCCCCCUGACACCCCCGCCUCUUCCUAUCUUGAAAGCGGCCGUCAGCCUUCGCCUCGAUGAUGAGGUGAAUCAUUACGUAAUCAUUUCGUCGACCAAGAAUGCGUGGUCUAUCUCCCCGAGCUGCUUCCGGUCUUGCACGUGGUUCACAUUUCUCGUUAAGGCACCGUCAAGUCGUGCAGAAGACUCACAGGAGCACGACAGAGGCAGCGCGACAGAGGCAGCACGACAAAGGCAGCCCGAGAACGGCAGCGCACUGGCAGCGCGACAGAGGCAGGUUCGCAUCAACAGCCCAUCUCAGACUGCUCCAUGAUCAUCUUCAUCAGCUGUCUCCCCACUCGAGUUAUGUUCUCUUCCAGAUUCGGAUCGUAGGGGUAGAGCACAAUAGAUGGGCCAUCUUCUUCCAGAUCUCCGUUCGUCAAUCGAUAGAAUGUCCAAACAUAUCCCUUGGUCAGGACUCCUCUAGACACCCCAGCCGUCAUCAGAUAUUCUAGCAGCUGUACCUCCUCCUUGUCCCCAAAGCGGCCGCUCGCCUUGGCCUCGAUAAUCACGUGAAUCACCUUGUCGACCAGCAGAACGUAGUCCAUCUGUCCGAGCUGCGUCCGGUUCUGCAUAUUGCUCACGUUUCUCUGAAAGGCAUCUUCAAGUCGUGAAGAAGACCUAUAGAUACUCCGCAAGCAUGCCUUCUGCAGCGGUCUAGUGAAGUGUGUGACCAGUGUGCGAUAGGUCUGCCGCAUCCACUUGGCGAUGUGAUUGGAUGGCUGCAAAGUCCCGUUCUUGAACGCCGUGUGUAGCUUAAUCUUCUUAUCCCACGUCAGAAGAAGCUCGUCAUGACGCCACACCAGGUUCUCGAGGGGGAUGGCCGACAGGUAUAGCAGAGGAAGCAAAAAGAGAUGCUCUUUCGGUGGACGCCUACUUUCAAGCCACGGCAU